AUGGAUAAUAACGGUUCUAAGAACAAGACUAGAGUCAAGGCUCUGCGGCUUCAGCAUCUGCCUCCUGAUAUCCUAAGUGAUGUAUUGUCACGGCUGGAGUUCAAAGAAGCUGCUCGAAUGAGCAUACUGUCUCGUAAGUGGCGACGCCUUUGGAGAUGCUACGAGAACCUGGUGUUCACUAGGGAGACGAUGUUCAGCAGCGGCAGCAAUGCAGUCAGGAACCGACACAAAGCGGUUCCAGUGGUUCUUCUGUUAGAUCAUUGUGCCUCAUGUUUCACAAAUCUCAAGAAGCUCAAGCUCGACGGAGUGUCGGUCCCUGGACAUCUCCAGUGCCUGUUGCCAGAGUGUGCCGUUCUUGAGUGGCUAAGCAUCGUGCGUUGUACCCUGCACGGCCUGCAAACGUCGCAGCCAUUGUAUCGGUUGCGCUACUUGCGCGUGCAACAUUGCGAAGGGAUGCGAAAGGUUGAGAUCCAAGUUCCAAACUUUGAUGUAUUCAAGUUUCACGACAGUCCGAUGGCAAUUGUGCUCAAUGGAUGCUUGGCCCUAGCAGAGGCAACUGUUGCGCUGCUAGCAUCGUCUGAUUGUUUUAACCAUGCCUUCACAGUGCUUCCAAGUGGUAUUCCUCAUGCGCGGAAACUCAACAUGGAACUUAUCAUGUGCGGAAACACCAAGAUGCAAGAAUUUACAAAAUGCCCUACCGUGUUCUUCAACCUCAAGCAUCUUGUCUUAACCAUGGAGAUGUUUAGACAUCAUGAUGAGCACACUGGUGGUAUUAUUCGUCUUGCUUACCUUUUGGAGUUGGCUCCAGUUUUGGAAGAACUGGAACUGCAUCUGGAGUGGCAUGGCACGGGGCAAUUUAUCCUGUGGGACUUGAGGACAUACUGCCCCAGAGCCCCAGAGGCCACACAAUCAUCUGAAGGUGCUUCGGAUCACUGGAGUGUACAGCUACAAGAGUCUGUUUGA